AUUAAAAAAAAAAAAUCUGUUGUCAUUUGCAAAGAGCAAUUUUUCUCUCAUUUUCUUGAGAAAAAUUUUAAUCUUCUAUUUCUGACACUGAGAUUCUCCUCUAACUAUUUCUUUCCAUUUCCACUGUUCUCUCCGUGACUUGAUUCCUCCGUCUUUUGAACAAACGCGUUGACCUCUUUCUUGGGUUUCGUUCCUCCAAUCCAAAGUUUUGAUCUUUCACAAAAUUCUAAAGUUGAAACAAAUUUUUAGUCAAAUGGGUCUAAUGGGUUUCUUCCAAAUCCUCAGAUUCCUCUGAAUUCAUCUGGGUUCAAUUUUCCUUCUGCUUUUCAUUGUUUUUCUGUGUUUAUGUGUAUGUGGUUCUUGAAUUUGAUGGAUAACACGGAUUCGAAGGUUGUUAAAGAUGCUAAGAAAUACAUGAUGGAUAAACCUGUGGUGACUUGUGUUAUGGAUGGUGAAAAGGUUGAAGAUCAUGUAAAUGGUGACGAUGAUAGUGAUUCUCAUUCUUUGUUGCCUCCUAGGAGAGGUGGAAUGUCUCGGAACUCUGAUAAGACAAGAAGGAAAGUACAGUGGAAUGAUAAGAAUGGUAAUAAGCUUGCUGAGGUGUUGGAAUAUGAACCAAGUGAUGUCAGCGACUCAGAAGACGACGGAGAUUCUGAUUCUUGUAUCUGUACAAUAAUGUAGAAAUCAUCUUGGUAUUAGUUGUCUCAAACUCUGAAUUAUUCAGGGUCAUAAUUGUAGCUUGCCAACCCUGAAUUUGACCAAAUUAGAGACAAAACAUGUUAGAUUUUUGUUCUGAGGUGGGGCCGCAUAGUCCAAUAACCACGAUACUUGGAUUCAGUUCAUCUUAUUGAAUUUCGAGAUGAUUUGUUACACGGACUUUGGGAUGACUCUUCGGACGUAGGUUGAAACACGCGUUACUUCAGCAAUAUGAUUUGGACAGUGAUGAUAGCUUUCAUGCUUCGCCACAUCUACUGAUGCUGUAAAAGUCGCGCAUUCAACUGAUUAGAUCAUUAUCUUUCUUAUCAAAGAGGAGACAACUCCACUAUUUCAUUUUGUUUUUUGGUAACUCGUUCAAUGGAACAAAUUUUCAUGAUUCUAGUUUUUUUCGGUUAAAAGAGUCUGCGAGACUUAAACAUACCAAGUGCGGAGAAUAGGGGUAUUAUGGAUUUGAACCUGCGUUCAAGCACAUCAAAUAUUCAUCUGCACUUAAGAUGAUUCAAGUAUUCACUCCCAAGUACCUGGUUCUUCAUUGUGCUCUUGAUUCUUGAAGUUUGCAUUCACUUGUAUCUUUUACCUGGAUCUACUUUUCAUGUCAGACACAUGAGUUUUGUACACAAUGUCUAGGAAUGAGUCUAUUCGACGUUUAUACCUUAACAAUAUCUUUGUAAUUUUUGUAUUAAAUAUGAAUGAAUUACGAAAACAUCUCAUGAGGUACAUUAAGUCUAUAAAAUUUAGUGAAACUUGAAAUUUUAUCGAUA